AACAAAAAUUGAAAAGAAUUAUGGUGCCUACUAAUGGACUUUAUCCGGUAAGUCCACGUGACUUUGUUCGUGGCAGGUAAGUGAUGUCUCUCUCUUUCUUAUUGCGGCGGUUUUGACAGUACUCGCUGCUCUGAUCGAUGAGUUUAUUUUGUUUCACACUUUAACUUUCCCUUGUCUGGGAAGGAAUCAAGAAUAGUGGUUGAUCGUCUUUCGGGUACUCUCCAAAUCAAACAGAUGCUCAAAGAUUCCUCUGAAGAUCAGGAAUUAAGUAAUAUGAAGGUUAGAAAUUAUGAUACAGCAGAAAGUGUAGCUCAGAGCUUAAGGAAUAAUCAUGAGGAAUCAGCCAAGGUUUCUUCAUUUCCAUUGGAUUUGGGUAGCCGUUUGUGCCCCGUGGAUUCUCUUGAACCAACUUCUAUUAAGAAAGCUGGAAACUUUUUCUUGGUUCAUAAAGUAACCCAGUCCUCACCUUCCCCUGCAAUGUGUUUUGUGGCAAAGGUUCCUCAAGAUGAACAAGAAUCUCAUAUUGUAGCUUUUAGUUCAGAAGAUGGAUCCCGGAAGUUGGAUGACGAGUCAACUUCAUCUAGGACCAUAGGUGUACGGGAUGUACAUAUUUCUAUGCGGUUAAUGGAGGACUUCCUCCAUCUUGCUAAAGAAAAUACAGAAAAGGAUCUGGAAACAUGUGGCAUACUUGGUGCUGUACACGAGAAUGGAACCCUCUAUAUGACUACUCUGAUCAUACCUAAGCAAGAAUCAGCUUCCAAUUCUUGUCAAGCUACAAAUGAGGAGGAAGUUUUCAAAAUUCUAAAUGAAAGAUCUCUUUAUCCUGUGGGAUGGAUCCAUACACAUCCUUCUCAAAGUUGUUUCAUGUCAUCAGUGGAUCUGCACACUCAAUAUUCCUACCAGAUGAUGAUUCCUGAGGCAUUUGCCAUUGUCCUAGCUCCUACUGAUACCUCAAGGAGCUGUGGACUAUUUCGCCUAACUGACCCUGAUGGAAUGAAUAUACUAAAGAAUUGCAUGGACAAAGGAUUCCAUCCACACAAAGACCCUGAUAAUGGCAACCCCUUGUAUGAACAUUGCUCCAAUGUCUACAAGAACUCCAAUCUAAGCUGUCCCAUGUUAUUGAUUUAGAGCAAGGAAAUCAUGGAGAUGACGCCGUUCUUGGAGGUCUUGGGAGUGAUGAUGAUGAUGAUAUUGUAUUUUUCUGAUGCAAAAGACGGUGGCUCAAGCCACUCUAUUUUCUAAUGUUUUUUACUUCAUUCUUUAACUGCAAAAUUUGGUUUUUGAUUUUUUUAAUGCUGAAUUUGAUUGAUUCUGUGGAAAUUUAGGCACCUUUUUGUUUAUGAUUCAUGAAAUUGAGAAUUGGAUUGUUUGGUACUGCUUUAUAUGUAUAUACUUGUUCCAUGUCUUGGUGCUAAGUCUCACAAAUAUUCUCAAUUAUUUACAGUUACGGUUUCCUUAUUGAAUGAGAUUUUAUUUUUCCAAAAGAAAUCAUAGAGGAUUAGGGUUGUGGAUUUUUUAAUUGAGUGAUGAGUGUAAAGUUGAAGAUGAUGAUGACAAAAGUGAUUGAAACAUAUUUUUUAAGAGUGUUUUAAAAAAAUUUUUGAGUUUGUAAAUUGACAAGAUCAUAUAAUUUUGGUGUGCUUAUUUAUCUUUUAUUUAUUAUUUUAUUAUAAACGAAUUUUUCAUUUCAACCACGGUUGAACCAGUUAAAUCUUUAAACUAAUGAACCAGCAGCUAGAACGGUUCGAUUUUUAGAACCUUGGUAUAUAGUUCAAUGUCUCUUAAUUUUUCAAAUUGAUUUUCAUCAUGAAUGUUAUAUGUCCAUUUACAUCCCAUUGACCAUUAGAUAAUACGUGGAUUAUUUUGCUUGAAAGAGGUUCAUUUAGUGGGUUAACACACUAUUUCACAUACACAAAACAACUAUAGUAAAUGGCAAUUUUAUUUGUUGAUAGUAAAACAAAUGCUGUCGUUGUCGACCGAGCAAAAACUAACCUAACAUUAGGUGAAUCAAGUUAUAAUUGAUAUUUGCGGUUAUUACUUCCCUGGAUGUUAAACAUAUUUGCGUACACGCUUAGAAGCUAAAGCUGUUCAUAACCAAUCAUGCUACAUAUAUAUGAUCCAAGACAACAAUAGAGAUGCAACUAAUGAAAAUCCAAAGAAUAUCCUUACAUUAUAUCUUUUCAACCUAUACAUUGUAUCUUUCAACCUAAUUAAUAACGAGGGCCGGGGCAAGAAAGAGCUAAAAAAAAAAAAAAGG